AUGUCCGUACGAAUGACGGGAGAGAUAGAAGAGCAACCAAAAAUCCAGCGACUCAGUGAGUCGGUGGUUAACCGAAUCGCCGCCGGCGAGGUCAUCCAGCGUCCGGUGUCCGCCGUCAAGGAGCUCGUCGAGAACAGCCUUGACGCCGGAUCCACUUCCAUAAACCUUUCCAUCAAAGACGGCGGCCUCAAACUCAUCCAAGUCUCCGACGAUGGUCACGGCAUCCGGCACGAGGAUCUUCCGAUAUUAUGCGAGCGGCACACGACGUCGAAGUUGUCGGCGUUCGAGGACUUGCAGAGCAUCAAGUCGAUGGGGUUUAGAGGAGAAGCUCUCGCUAGCAUGACCUAUGUUGCACAUGUUACCGUUACAACCAUUACCAAAGGCCAAUUGCACGGUUACAGAGUAUCCUAUAGAGAUGGUGUCAUGGAGCAUGAACCUAGACCCUGUGCUGCUGUAAAAGGAACACAGAUAAUGGUUGAGAAUCUAUUCUAUAACAUGGCAGCAAGGAAGAAGACACUACAAAAUUCUUCAGAUGAUUACUCAAAGAUAGUAGAUGUUGUCAGUCGGUUUGCGAUUCAUCAUACUAAUGUCAGUUUCUCUUGCAGAAAGCACGGAGCUGUUAAAGCAGAUGUUCACACCAUGGCCACAUCUUCGAGGCUCGAUUCCAUCAGAACAGUUUAUGGGGUCUCAGCUGCUCGCAAUCUGGUUGAAGUUGAAGCUUCAGACAAUGAUCCGUCUUCUUCAGUUUUCGAGAUGAAUGGUUAUGUGUCUAAUGCUAACUAUGCUGCCAAGAAAAUCACCAUGGUGCUUUUCAUCAAUGAUAGACUUGUUGAGUGGUCUGCGUUGAAGCGAGCUAUAGAAAUUGUUUAUGCAGCAACACUACCUAAAGCAUCUAAGCCUUUUAUAUAUAUUUCGAUUGUUUUACCACCUGAGAAUAUUGAUGUCAAUGUGCAUCCAACAAAGAGAGAGGUGAGCCUUUUAAAUCAGGAAGUUAUCAUUGAGAAGAUUCAGUCGGUGAUUGAAUCAACAUUGAGAAGUUCUAAUGAAGCACGGACAUUUCAAGAUCAAACAGCUGGACAAUCUUCUAUUUCUCGUAUUGAUAAGAGCAAGGAGGAUAAUCUCAGCCCUACCCCAUCGGGCUCAAGAGCACCGAAAGUGCCAGUGAAUAAGUUCAUUAGAACAGACUCAUUAGAUCCUGCAGGAAGAUUACAUGCCUACAUGCAAGUUAUGCCUAGUGGACAACUAGAAAAGAAUGUCACAUUGAGUGCAGUAAGGUCCUCAGUUAGACAAAGAAGGAGCCUAAAAGAUUCUAUAGAACUCACUAGUGUAGAAGAGCUUCUUGAAGAGAUCAAUAAGACCUAUGACCCUGGAAUGUUGGACAUUGUAAAGCACUGCACAUAUGUUGGAAUGGCAGAUGAUGUUUUUGCUUUGCUUCAGCAUAAAACUCAUCUUUAUCUUGCAAAUGUUGUAAACUUGAGCAAAGAACUUAUGUACCAGCAAGUUCUGAGCCGUUUUGGCCAUUUCAAUGCCAUCCAGCUUAGUGACCCAGCCCCCGUGAAAGACUUGAUUAUAUUGGCACUGAAGGAAGAGGAUUUAGAUUCAGAAAGUAAUGAUGAUGACACAUUUAAAGAGAAGAUUGCAGAAAUGAACACAGAUCUGCUGAAACAAAAGGCUGCAAUGCUGGAGGAGUAUUUCGGCAUUAAUAUUGAUGAUCAUGAAAUAUCUCUAGACUUCCUGUGA